CGAUGCCCCCACCAGUCACCGUACAUUGUUGGUCCAUUGCAUCCAUGCGCACAUUGUCGACAUCCGAGUUUGUACACGGAAGGCGCACCCUACACGCUUGUCGUGCAGGACUAGGGCGGCAUUUUCGGGUUAAUCGCCCCAUCCCUUUUCCCUGACCUCGUCACCUACUUGGUCAUGAAUCCUAGGCGAGGCCUUGGUGGUAUUUCCCUCCGAUGGAUGGGCGGCCUUUCGCGAUUGUCCAGCGUUCCCCGAAUCUCAACAUCGGGCCGUUCUGUAAGCGAGGUGCACCGUUGACGGACGCAAAGGUGCGCGCACAUGAUGUGCCCCCCUUUGAGGGCCUCGUGAGUAAGGUUUGCAUGAGAAGAUUCCCAGUGAUUUUGGACACUGUUGUCACAGUUGCAGCAUCAUUGUCUCACACCCGGGCCCUUUCCUUGCGCGGUGCCGAAAGGAGCUCAUGCCGGUACAUCCGGCCAUGCAGGAUGUCGCAGAGUCCUUGCGGCAAUAGCCUACUUUCAAUAUCUCGCAGUUCGCCACAAGUUUGUGGACAACAGCCUUGGCAAGUCGACACACUCGUCUUCCCUGCGCGUGUUUGUCUUUGUCCGCGCUGCGGACCCGGCGUUGGGCGUCCAAGUUUUGGAGAAGCUCUCAGCGUCUGCCUUUGGCCAUCGCGGAUCCUUUUGGGACAUAAUCUAAGCGGGGGCCACUUUUCAGUAAUGGGCGGUGCAUUUGCCUGACCCUGCUGAGCAUGCGUGGGUCCCCCAGAAAGAGGAUUGUACAGGAGCGAUAUGGGCGGCGCACAAUCACACCUUGGCGUUUGGCGGAAGCUCAGCAGAGG